UGGGGCGAUAGGGGGUUUUCGUCCCUUUCCCCCCGCACAGGUGCUCUGUUUCCCCCUCACCCCUACCCCCACCCAUGUUCCUGACUCCCCUCAGCGUCCUCCUAACACUCGAACCGGAUUCUUGGCCUGAGUCCCAUUGCUACCCAGGUGCAACAAUGCUAGGCAAAUUGACCCGCGCGGCAUCCCCCGCCCCUCUCCCCGGGCUGGAGGGGAGGGAUUGCGCGUCCUGCCCCUCCCCCAUUCGCGGGCCCCUGCGCGUCCUCUGCCGUUUUAUACUUGCUCCAUCUCCCGAUUGACUCCAGCCCUCAUUCUUCAUGCCUCAUUUGCCUGGGAGACGUUCGCCACUUCUCUUGUGCCUUGCGGUCCGUGAGCAGCUGAAAGGUGAACUGAGAGAGGCAGAAUACGUUGAACAGGGAGUUUGGCAAGGUUCUAUCAUAAUGAAUGGAUCCAAUAUGGCAAAUACAUCACCCAGUGUAAAAUCCAAAGAGGACCAGGGGUUAAGUGGGCACGAUGAAAAGGAAAACCCAUUUGCAGAGUACAUGUGGAUGGAGAAUGAAGAGGAUUUCAACAGACAGGUGGAGGAGGAACUGCAGGAGCAAGACUUCUUGGACCGCUGCUUCCAAGAGAUGCUGGAUGAAGAAGACCAAGACUGGUUUAUUCCAUCACGAGACCUGCCUCAGGCCAUGGGACAGUUGCAACAGCAGUUAAAUGGACUGUCAGUCAGUGAAGGUCAUGAUUCUGAAGAUAUUUUGAGCAAAAGUAACCUGAACCCAGAUGCCAAGGAGUUUAUUCCAGGAGAGAAGUACUGAGCCGACAAAGCUUUGAGGAGGACUUGUCUGUCCCCACAUCUGGGGAUAGUAAUGCACAAAAUAGUGGAGCUGAAGAUGGGGAUGGGGCGGGCGAGGGACGCACAGCGGGAAGGGGAGUGGUGGUCUCACGAUACUGUGACUCUGAGUAACUAAUAUGCUCAGUCUUAUUCUACAAGCCUCUGAGUAUUUCUGUUUUGUUCUGCUGAUUUUUGUUUGGAGCAGUUUCCUGUUUUGUUUUUUUGAAUAGCUCUUUCGAGUUAAGGAAAUUGCAUUUCCCCCGCUUCAUCAGGAGUGUUCUGCGGUGUGUGUUUAAACAAAAUAAGCUGACCAAGAUAAACUGGAUAUUUAGGAAAUGCCCCUCUCACCCUGCUGUAUACUUACCAAGGACAGUGAGCCCCUGGAGAACUUUUUGUGGAAUCUAUUGAAUUGGAUGGGAAAAGGGACAAGCAGAAAGAGCAGGUGGUGCAAACCAGAAUUUGAGGCUCAGCUCCCCCAUCGCUGGGGUCUCCUGCAGUGAACUGGGAUAACCAAUGCCCUGCCGAGCCCUUGCCUGUUUGUCCUGAACCCCAUUCAAGAAAACGCAGACUUAGAGUACUUAGUUUACAGUAACUUUGAUGAUUGUUGAAAGUUGUAAAUCAGAAGGUGGGGCUGUGAUGGUGGUUGUCACUUGAGUCAUUUAGUUACUGUUGUCCUGUUCAUAAGCCUGUGUUCACCAUCACCAUCAGACUCACCAUUUAUAAGUAGAAGAGCACUGUUGUUGAUCUGCCACCUCAUCUUUCAUGAAGUCUAUUCCCCGGCCUCCUUUCCACCCUAUCCUACUCUGUUUUUAAGAAAAGAUAUUGCUGCCAAAGGCAUAGGGGAGGCCUGGUGUGCUGACAAUUAGCAUGAGCCUGCAGAAGUCAUCCUUGAAUCUGCUGUGUCUAAAUUUUAUUUGGACAGCCUUUUUUUUCCCAGCCUCAACACUUGGUCUUCCUGGUGUCUCAAUUCCCUCAGACAAGUUUAUGCACGUUUUAAAGGAUAUAUUUUUCAGGACACUAGUAAGAAGCUCAGUUCACAGUUUGGAUAUUUCUUCCCACAUUACCGAAUUUUGGAAAGGAACUCAAAACCAGCCUAGGAAAGUGAGUCCUGCUUGACCCAUGUGACUGUGUACCUGACCCUCUGGGAUCUUUUCAGCUAUUAAAACAUUUUACUGUUCCCACA